AAAAAACAAAAGGGGAACUCUUUUGUAGUUUUGUCUGCAGUGCCUUCUGUUGCCCCUAAAGUUAAUGUUUUACUGAACUGAACUCCAGGAUAGCAGGCACAAACAGCUGAGAUCAGCGGCAAAAUCAGUAAUACACCAGCAAAACUUCAGAAGUAUGCACAAGGAGAGAAAGAUGAUGAUAUUCUGUCUGCUGUUGGCAGCUAUUAGCAGCCCUGUGUUUAGUGAAGAAUGGAAGGCCACUGUUGUAAAACAUCUUGAGGUCCUGGUUUCAUCCUGUGUUGUGGUACCCUGUUCAUUCACCCAUCCUAAAGAGAACCUGCCAGCCUCCAAACUCAGAAAGAUCUGGCAUUCUUCAAAAGGGCGAGAUCAACGCAUCUAUCAUGAAGAUUCCACAGAAAUCUCGGAAAACUUCAGGGGGCGCACAAGGUUGCUGGAGGAAAAGAGUGCUAGCAACUGCACUUUAGAAAUAACUGAAAUUAAAGACCAUGACAAUGGCCCUUUCUGUUUCCGGAUUGAACUAGCACGGACACCGGGUGAUACAUCCACCAUCGACAAGUUCUCCUUUGUUGAAGAUUGUGUUGAGUUCACAAUGCUCAAUGAACCUCCAAAACCUACACUGAUUCACCCAAAGACAGCCAUUCAAGAUCGUCCCUACACUGUCAUGUGUUCAGUAAUCCAUACCUGCCCCUCCAAUGUGCCUAAACUCACAUGGAGUAGGGCAACCACAGACACUGAUGUCAUUGAAGUCCACAGACAAAUUUAUGUUGGCUACUGGGAGACACUAUCCAUCCUGACGUUUAUUCCUGAGGAGAAGGAUGACCACAGAGAGGUCACCUGCACAUCACAAUUUUACGGCCCAAAGACUUCCUAUUCAACACUGACACUUGAUGUAAAACGUACAGAAAACUUUAACCACAUCAUCAUUCCCACAGCAGUGGGCAUUGGUACCGCUGUGAUCUUUGCACUCUUCUGCAUUUUCAUGGUGAAAAAAUACAAGAAUCGCAUUGCAGAGCUCCAACAACAAGAAGGCAGUGUGUGGAACCGGCUUUCCCGAAUGUCUCGCAGGAACAGAGUCUGAAGAUGAAAAGUGGAAAAAAACUAGAAAGAAAUAUAUUAUCAGAGGGAAUUUCAAGUCUGCUGUUUAUUCCUGUUUGCCAAAGUGCUGCCUUUAAAGUGUCAAUACAAUACUGUUUUUAAAUGACAUUAAUUCAGAGGCAAAUAAUUUACUGGAGGGUUGAAUCUAUUAGUUUGACAAGCUUGCUUCCAUGUUAUUCAUCUAUUAGCUUUAAAGAAAUGACAUAACUUUAAUAGCUUCUUUAAACAAUAGAACAUAAAAAAACAAGACAGAAAUUUCUGUUAAAAGCUUGAAUGUUUUCGCAGCCUGAUUCCCUGAAAAGCAACAGUUUGUAUUGACAACUGAUUUAGAAGUCAGUGUAGAAGUGGCUAAUAAUCAUUUCAUCAUGUUCACGUUGGUUUGUUUUGUCCACACAAAGUUUAUGAGGAGAAAAUAACCUUUUUAGCUGUCAAACUCAUUUUUAUCUUUAUUCACCAUCUACUGGCAUGUGAUAUUAGAGGCAGUGUCUUUGGUUUUCUCAGUUAAGCCAGUGGGUACACUGUGUGGUGUCUGAAUGUGUGAUUUCUAUCAAUAAUUUAACCUGAACUUUUACAAAGCUUAGCACCAAAUCUAAAAGUGUUUUAAUCUCAAUUUGAAGACAAAUAUGAUAAAACUGUUUCUCCAUCUCUAUACCAAAGAGAAUUUAAUUUAAACAUGAAAACAUUCACCACUUCCUGUUGUCUGAACAGAUGUAUCAGUAAUGUAUUUUUUUUUCUUUCUACAUUAAACUUUUCUUUGUACUCCUGA